UUUGGGGUCUCAGGACAUGCGAGUAACCCCUUUGGCGUAAAAAAAUCCUGGAAACUGUGAACUUGUGGGACGACUUGCCACAUUAGAGGGUUCAUUAGAAUUGAGGUGAAACAACCAACAGAGAACCAUGUUUCAUUUUAAGAAGAAAGAUCGGGAUUCCAAGAAGGACUCCAAGAAGGAGAAGAAAGAACGUGACAAACAGGAAAAGCACAGUUUCAAGCAAAAAGACCGCCACAAGGAAAAGUCGAUGACGGAAGAAGAGCUCAGCCGCCUGGAUGAGAUCAAGCGAGGACUGUUUCCUGGCCGAAAAAUCAGCAUCACGAAGCAGCAGUCGGCCAAGUCCGACCGAACGGAUGGCUACCACGCACCGGGCGUGGAGAUACGUAACAGUGAGUCCAAUUACAGCAUGGAGUUCACCAGUGGGAGCGACGAGGCCAGUGCCAACUCGGUCCGCAGUAGUCUUGAGUUCCCAGUCAGCCAGAUGGUGGAUGAGGAUGGUGACAAGGCUGUGGAUGUUAACGGCAAGAUGGAGCAGACAGAACAACCUCCCUUUGUUAAGAAAGGCUCAGGUUCCAAGAAGAGUAUUCUGAAGGGGAAAUCCAGUUACGGGUUGCCGGAUGUGUCUGCGGGGACAGUGUCUACUAAGCUGGACGACAUGGGCAUCCUCGCUGACAACACGGCGUACAAUGAACUCAUCGCGGAGAAGACACGAUCGUCGUCGCUCAGGAGCGGGUCACAGUUUGACGAGAUCUACCUGGAGCCGAUCGUCCACAGCCCUGGUCCUGGGGAGAAGACCUUUGACGUGGAUUUACCACUGCCGGACAUUGUUGUGCCCAAGCCGCCGCGAAAGCGCGACGUGGUGCUGCAGCGGCAGCCCAAUGGCGGGUUUGGGUUCACACUGCGGCGCUGCAUCAUUGAGGAACGGGGUGGGCUGGGGGGUGCCAUCACGCGGCGGACCGUGCACUUUGCCGAGCCCAGCGCCACGCAGAAGGACAACACGUCCGGCUUGCUUCCAGGUGAUCGCCUGGUGGAGGUGAACACUGAGAACGUGGAGUCCACGCCACGGGACGACAUCAUCGCCAAGAUUCGUGGCUCCACUGAUACAGUCUCGUUGAAGGUCCAGCCGAUUCCAGAACUGAUUGAGCUGAGCCAUCGACACGGAGUAGAUGGAUCAGAGAUGAAUCUCGAAGAUCAAAUCCUGAAAACAGGAUCACUCGCCCAGAGUUCUAGUCUUCGCAUUGAACGAGAUAGGUAUCACAAUGAUUUCUGUUCCCUGCAUGACGCUGCCAAGUCAGAUGCCCAACUCGACUCGGAGAAGGCGUGGCUAGGAGCGGAGAAGGUGUGGCUCCUGCACAAGGCAGGCUUCACCGCCGCCCAGCUGCUGAAAGAUGAGGGCAUCGUCCCGUUGGCUGAGGGGAGAAUCAGGGUCAAGUUGGUACACAGCGACGACGCCCUGGAGGUGGAUGAGGAAGAUGUGGAGAAGGCUAACCCUCCUCAAUAUGACAGAGCAGAAGACCUGGCCUCCCUUCUCCAUCUCAACGAGUCAGGGGUACUACACACCCUCCGGCAGCGCUAUGGCGCCAGUCUUAUUCACACCUACGCAGGCCGCAACCUGGUUGUCAUCAACCCAAUGCACCAGCUCUCUGUGUAUUCAGACAAGCAUGCCACAGCAGUCAUCCAGCUCUUUAAGGGAUGCAAGCCAGAGGACAUGCCACCCCACAUCUACGCCACGGCGCAGACGGCCUACCGCAAUAUGCUGGCCACCCAGCUGGACCAGUCAGUAGUCUUCCUGGGGCGGAGCGGGGGAGGGAAGUCGUGGAAUGCGAGGCACACCCUGCAGUACCUAACCCAGGUGGCGGGGACCGUCAGCAACAUGGUGACAGUGGACAAGAUCCAGGCCGUGGCUACCCUGGUGGACGCCUUUGGAGGCGCGCGGACUGUCCAGAACACCAGCGCCACACGCUGUUCUCAGAUCCUCUCCCUGGACUUUGACCACAUGGGACAGAUUGCCGCCGGCUCCCUGCAGAUCCUGGUUUUGGAGAAGUAUCGUGUGGUCAGGCGCCCAGCCAGUGAGAGGUCUUUUAACAUCUUCUACAGCCUGAUGGGCGGUGCAGACGAGACACUAACGAAGGAGCUGUUCCUGAACCAUUUAGCACCAGAUAACGUGUACAUAUCUCCCUUGCAGAGGUCGGAGGAGAAGCAACCAACCACAACAGCUUGGAAUAAGGUCCUGCAUGCCUGCAGUGUGUUGGGCUUUUCCAGCGAGCACUGUAAGGCGCUGUGGUGCGUCUUAGCUGCCAUCAUCCAUCUGGGUGCAGCUGGAGCGACCAAAGGCUCUGGGAGCAGCAAAGCCCAGUUCCGCAAGCCCACCGAAGCCCAGAAGGCCGCCCACCUCCUGGGCAUCAGCUUAGAGGAACUUGCCAAGAACACCUUCAGCCCCCGCCUGGGGGGUAACGCCCCCCGCGGCAGCCUGAGACCGGUGGUCAACGACCCCUCGGAGCAAGGGGCCACGCCACGGGACGCCCUGGAGAGCAUGAUGGUGGGGCUGUACGGUGAACUAGUCAACGCGGUAGUGUCGCUGAUAAACAAGGCCCUGUCAAGUUCGUAUCGGACCGUGUCAUCCAUCUUGGUCGUGGAUGUCCCAGGAUUUCAAAACCCCACAGCCUGCGGCCAGCCGGGUGGGGCCUCCUUUCAUGACCUCUGCAUGAACUAUGCACAGGAACGCCUGCAGUUACUGUUCCACGACGCCAUGUUCACCGCGCAGCAGGACAAAUACGCACAGGAGAAUAUCGACUGUCAGUUUGAGCAAGCAGACACCACGCCAGAAGCCAUGGUCAACCUCCUUGAUAAACAGCAGGGUCUGAUGCGGUCUUCCAACUUGGACCUUAGGGAUGUGGACCAGAAGGGGCUACUCUGGCUGCUGGAUGAGGAGUCGAUAUUCCCUGGAGCCACCGAUGAGAGUUUCAUGGAGAGAAUCACCAUCCAUUACGGCCACCUGGCCAGAAAGAAAGACGGUCUCCUACGAGGAUGUAAGGACAAGAACAACUUCAUCUUGAAUCAUUUCCAGGGCACGACACCGAUCCAGUACAAUGCCACUGGCUGGCUGAGAAGCUGUCGGGAACAUCCCGUGGUCCGGAUGGCAAUAGUCGUCCUCCAGGAAUCACAGAAGAAUAACAUCAGCGGCUUGUUUGUGAGUCUAGCGGGCUCCCUGCCCAGUACGAUGGUGGGCUCGGUCGCGGGCAUAGAGGGCAGCUCAUCACUGCGUAGGGCGUCAAGUAUCCGUAGGGCGUGGUCCAGCGGCACUGCUGCCAUUAAACGCAAGUCCAUCUGCCUACAAGUCAAAUUCCAAGUGGACGGUAUUGUGGACUCCCUGCGUCGUACCCGCCUACAUUUCGUCCACUGUCUUCUCCCCCAAGUCAACGCCGGCCUGUGCGAGCUGAAGAACCUUGGGGCCAAAUCCCCUACCUCCCCAACGCCCACCUCCGACGGGCUGAUCGACGUACCCUACCUGAGGAAUCAAAUCCGAGGACUGGAGAUCUUGGAGUCCACCAAGCUACACAAAUAUGGAUUUCCAGAGAGCAUGUUGUUCACCGAGUUCCGUCGGAGGUUUGAGGUACUUGCCCCAGCCACUGCAAAGGUUUCAGAGCCUGUACUGGAUGAGAGAAAGGCCAUUGAGGAGCUACUCAAACAUUGUGAUCUGGGUGUCUCAAUGUACAGACUCGGACUUAGUCAGAUUUUCUUCAAGCCUGGUGCCCUGGUGAAGCUCGAGGACCAUCGGGAUGAGAGACUAGCCAAGACGAUCACAGAGUUCCAGUCCUACUGUCGAGGAUACCUGGGCAGAAAACAAUUCAAACAACUCAAGAUCCAGCAUCUUGCAAUCACCGCCAUCCAGCGCAAUGUCCGCAAGUUCCUUGCUGUUCGCACCUGGCCCUGGUGGCGACUGGUAACCAAGGUGCUGCCGCUGUUAGACGUCCACAGAACAGAGGAGGAACUCAAAAUGAAGGACCACGAGCUGACAGAAUUACGACUACGAGUAGAAAAGUUGGAGAAAGAACGGAACGUGCUGAAGCACAAUCACGACAAGAUGGAGGCAAGGUUGGCGGAGAUGAGUGCCGAUCUUACCGAGGAACACACAACGGCCAAUCAUGCAUCUGAGAUGCUAGAGCGGGAAACGGCCGAGAGGCUGCGACUGGAGAAGGAAUUAAAAGAGUUGAAGGUUGCCCAUGGGAAUCUGCAGCGCAAGGCAGAGCGACUGGACAUGGAGGUGAUGGAGUCCAGAAUGAUGCGGUCCUCGUACAUGGAUGGAGACAUGGGCAGCAGCGAUGAGGAGGAAGAUUCCAUCUACCGAAGCAAGUAUGAGCAAGCGAGACGAGAGAUUGAGCUCACCAAGAAACGGCUGAAGCAAGAGCAUGAGGAAGAAAUAGAGAGCAUGAAAGCGGCCAAGAAGGCGCAAGAUAGACGGUUGGCAGAGGCUGUGGAAGAGGUCGAGGAGGAGCGGAAGCAGGUCGGCGUGUUGAAGCGCAAAGUGCAGAAACUCACAGGCGAGGCGCAGGAUACCAGACUCCACCUGGAAUCUCAGCAGGCACGGAAUUCUGAGUUGGAAAAGAAGCAAAGAAAAUUUGACGCCGAGCUUCACAAAGUUCAGCAGGAUCUCCACACGGAGCAUCUGGUCAAGGAGAGAUUGCAACGAGAGAAGGAAGCCCUACAGAGCGACAAUUAUAUCCUCCGGCAGGAGUUGGAGGAUAUCCGGUCAGACGUGGGCAUCAAGGAGAAGCGCAUCGAGGAGCUGCGGUGCGAGAUGAGCGACCUGUCCUCCCACGGCAGCAAGGAGGUGACGGAGGUGGCGGCCAUCAAGCGCCAGAAGCGGGAGCUGGAAGCCAAGAUUGAGGACCAAGAGGAGGAGCUGGACGAGCAGGCUGGCAAAAUCCUGCAGCUGGAACAGAGCAAGCUCAGGCUGGAGAUGCAGCUGGAGAAGCAGAAGCAGGCCUCCCAGAAGGAGCUGGAGGCCAAGGAUGAGGAGGUGGAAGCAUCCAGAAGCACCUUCCAGAACAGGCUGAAACAGCUGGAGAACCAGAUAGAGGAAGACUACAAGGAGCGGCAGAGCCUGAUGAGGCAGAAGCGGGACCUGGAGCACAAGCUGGCCGAGCUGCAGGAGCACCCGCGGGCGUCAGACCGCGACACGGAGCGGCGGUUGAGGAAAGACCUGAAGAAGACCAAGGCACUGCUGAACGACGCCCAGGUCAUGCUAGAGAGGCAGAAGGCCUCGGCACCCAGCAGCUCCAAGAUCAAGCAGCUGAAGAAUGAGCUGGAGGAUUCUCAGUACGCAACCAUGGCUGCGGUGAAGGCCCGGCAGAGCAUGGAGAACGAGCUAGCGGAGCUACAGAACCAGCUGGAGGAUGUCAGCAGGGCUAAAGCUGAGGCGGACGAGAAGAUCUCCCAGCUGAACCGGGAGAAGAACGAUGUCCAGACGAGACAAGAGGACCAGGAGGAGGACUUCAACGAUCUGCUCAAGAAGCACAAGGCGCUGGUGCUGCAGAGUUCCAAUGACCAGGCUAGGGUCAACGACUACAUCGUACAGAUCAGUGACCUAACGCAAGACAAACAUGACCUGGAAGAGAAGGUCUCGGAGAUCCAAAGCAAAAUGGAGUUCAUGACCUCGACCAUGGUGGACCGGACUCAGUUGGCAAGGUUAGAAGGCAGAGUACGAGAUCUGGAUUCCAGGCUGGCUCUGGAGAAGACUACCAGGCAGAAAUAUGAGAACCAAGCGGAGAAACUGAAGGAAAACAUCGAGAAGAUGAGCUCAGAGCACGACCACAUGAGCCACAAGGACCAGAAGAUGCAGGAGACCGUCCGUCGAUUGCAGAGGGAAUUGCGGGAACUGAAGGAGGAGCAGACAGACCGACAGCGGCGAGAGACGGAGGCUAACAAGAAGAAACUGGAACUGGAGGAAACAGUUGACACCCUGGAAGAGAGCAACAACAAGCUGCAAUCGGACUUGAAGCUGGCCUUCAAGAGGAUAGCUGACCUACAGCACGCGCUGCAGGAUAACGACGACAGCGAGAGUGAUUUUGGAAGCACUGAGUCCGACAGCGAUGACAUGCCCGAAUACAGUCGUCGCUACAGUCGGUACUCGUCCCGCAGUUACCGAGACAGCACCAGCAGCUUGGAAUCCACGCCGCGUCUCGCACGGCGACGUGUCCUCUCCUCAGCCUCGGAAGAUGCCGCCCCAAGGAAAGCCAAGUACACCGUCAACCCCGCCAGCUCUGACGAGGAAGAGUUUGAACCCCGCAGCACCUCUCGCCCAAGCAGCAUGUACAGUGAGGACAGCAAAGGCAGCAAGGACUCGGGUGGGGACCUGCUGGCCUCUUCCUCCUCCCCGCCUGCCGGGGAGGACCGAGACUCCACCCUGACCAGCUCCACCGGAACCAAAAAGAAAGGCUUUGUGGUCAACCCCGACUACUUGUGAGGAGCAGCCCCCCCCCCAUCUAAUCGUUUAAAAGCAAUAUCUAUGUAAUUUUUUUUUCCAUCUUCGUUGUUGUCAAUAUUUAAGCAGAUGUAUUUCUCGUCAAGUUUUCAUGUUUGAUUCGUCAUGUUUGUCGGGCGUUACUAAUUCUUUUUUCAUGUUGGGAAUCUGGUCUUACCCUUUGAGUGGCGAUUGAUGCAUCAGAUGGCUUCUUACACCUGCUGCUUGUUGAAGGUUUUCCACAUUCAUUUGCUCUCUGGAAGCAGCUGUGGUGGCUAAAAAAUUAACGGUUUCUGUGUCCUGGUGAAUUUUGGUUCUUCAUGCAGAAACCGGUAAAUGAGCAACACUACAGCCACCGCCAGAAUUCCUUUUGGAAAAAAAAAUUUUUUUUUUCUUAAAUCAUUGGGAUGUACAUGUAGGCAUAUAGAUACAGAUAUUCUAAGUCUGCACUUUGUGUCAAAAUACAUCAAUACCCACAUUCAUGAUAUUGGAAGCGGUACAUUGAACUAAACAGUGUGAUUGCAAUUUGAAAUAUAUGCAUAUGUGUGUCCACAGACAUGUUGGCGAGAAUAUCAUGUUCCCGGGAAUUAUUUUAAGUCCCAGUUUCUUGUCUCUGGCUCGCUGUCAGAUCGUCAAGAUGAACAUAAGGCUACUGUGAUUAAUGAGUCUCCCUGUCAAAACAGAGGACCAUCGAGCUGCAUUUUACUGUCAUGCUCUGGUGAUCGUUGAUGUCGUUCCACACUUGAUGCGAAUAGCUUUGUUGGGCUUCUUCACCUAAUGGAAAUUUUGCCAAAGAGUAAACCCAUAAAUAUACCAACUCCCACACCUGUAAAAUUACUAUAUCAACCUUAUAUUUUGUUACAGUUCUACCAAGUAUGGAAUGGAUUGCAGAUAAUUACAGCCAUACCAUACACAUGAGGAAGCUCCCCCCCCCGCAUCACAGCUGCAGAUGUUUUCAUUGCCUUUCAAACCCUUUGUGAAAAUUGUACAGACUGUUUUUAUGGGAAACUCUGUCAACUGGGGUGUUAAUGGAAACUGGUAGUUACACCCCCCCACACACACACACAGCUGCAGAUGUUUUCAUUGCCUUUCAAACCCUUUGUGAAAAUUGGACACACUGUUUUUAUGGGAAAUUCUGUCCACUGCCGUGUUAAUGAAAACUGGUACAUUGUAAUCACAGGCGGCUGCAAACGCUUCAGAAUGUCAUUUAGGGCAUUUCUCUUGCGUACCUGCAUAUACUUAUACAGGGGGUUGUUUGUGUUAUCUGUGGGAAUUUUUCUGAAUAGUUCAAUCUGAAUGAUCUAAAAUUGAAAUUAUCGACUAUUCGCGGUGUAGAUAAUUUGUAAAGUUCUGUACAGCUGAGAGUUAUGUUGAGUCAGGAAGUUGAUCUAUGCAUGCAUAUUGAUAGUUGUUUCGUGUAAGUAUUCUGCACAGUAAUUGGUCCUUAAUGAAUUAGCCCAACUCUUAAAAAUAAUCGAGACUCCAGUUUUGUUUUAUUGAAUCCAUUAGAGGCUUUCCUUCACUGUUUCCUUGGCUGAUAGUAGAAUGGGAUAACAGCCACGUUCAUUGUUCACAUUAUACUUCAAGUUGUUUAGCCGCUGGCAUUCCAAUUUGCUUUAGAGCAAGCUACGAUGUGGAAAGUCAAAUGGCUAUAAGUAGAAAAUAAUGUACGAGUUAAAAUUCUUGCAAUUAAUUCAAAUUCUGAAUUUCAUUUAAUUUUAAUUUAAUUUAAUGAUUUACUUUUAAUAUUUUCGAUGUAAGGAUUAAAUUUGGAACUAAAGAUGUACCCUAAGCUCUGUGGAGAAUUGAAUUGAUUUCAUUCAAAAUGGAAUGUUUUCAGAGUCCAUUUACCAUGCAGAUAUUUUUGGAAUGUCAUGCAUACCGAGACAGUGAAGUGUGUUUUUUUUUUUUUAAUAUAUAUAUAAGCCC